AUGUCUUCAACUUCGAUUAUUCUUCUGGCUGUUUGCGCGGUUUCAGCUUUUGCUGUCAUGGGUAAAAUUUAAUUUUUUUCUAGAGAAAAAUCUUGUAUUUUUUUUUAUUUUCAGAUUAUCAUCACUCCUAUUAUCAACCAAAAUACCAUGGCUACGAACACAAGGAACACUACAAUCCAAUUUCUGAAUACUACCACUCAUACGGUCCAAAAUAUGAGGAUUAUCAUAAGAAAGAGCCAUCUUACACGCCAUAUUACGGUAGUUCAUAUAAUCAUCAUGAUGAUGAUUAUUCGAAGCCAGAAUAUUAUGGAAGUAAAUAUGAGCAACCAAAAUAUGAGGAAUAUCAUGGAGCACAUGAUGAUCAUUAUUAUGGAGCUGAGCAUCAUUAA